CCUCGGGGGAGACGGUGGAGAACAUAACCUCAAAUUAAGAAUCUUUUGUAGUGGAGGAGUUUUCUUGUGGCCGGAAUAUGUUUAUCGCGGGAAGGAGUGCAAUCAGGAGAUUCCUGACACAGUCACAACCAACAUGGGUAGCUAUUUCAACGGCUAACCCCCUCCGUGGGGCUCAGACACAGCCACAGGCGUCAUCAUCAGCAAAGACACCCGCUGAAGAUGGUGCAAAGAAGAAGGAAGUUGUUCAGGAGGAGUCGACAAAAACUCCAGGAAUACGAAUAAUUGACACAAAGGUUGAAAAGAGACUCCCUCGGAAGGAGCCACUGGUGAAGAAUAUGUUCAUGUGUCGCGUUGACACGGAUCUCCUGGUCUACCCGGAAGCAUUUGACUAUCAAGCCCAUCCGGAGAUGAUGGAUAAAACCACACCAAUUCGGGAAGAUUUCAAUGGGUUCACUGACAUGUCACAGAUUGAUCAUGAAGGGAAAAUUCCGGAAACAGUGUGGCGAAAGAUUGAACAGCAUGGGUUGUUUGGUUUGAACAUCCCACAGCAUUUUGGUGGUCGGGGAUUCCUCGUGACUGAUUCACUGUACACCCUGGAAUCUCUAGCGGGAGAACCGGCACUCUUGGCUGCCCUUGGGGCACAUCAUCAAGUAGCGGAAGUUAUCAUGAAGCUCGGCACGGAGGAGCAGAAGCAAAUCUACCUACCGCGACUUGCUUCCGGAGAUCUCAUUGGGAGUAUUGCACUGCAGGAGCAUCACGAUGCUGAAACGGGGCUAUUCAAUACAACAGCCACGUGCAAUGCUGAUGAGACUGUGUGGAAGAUUUCCGGUGAAAAGGCAUUCGUUCUCAAUGGCACAAAGGCAAAUCUCUUUGUUGUUUUCGCCAAAACGGAAGCAAUCAACUACAAAGGAGCUAAUGAUGAAGUUGUUACGGCUUUUAUCAUUGAGGCAGAUCGCAAUGGGAUUGACAAAGUCCCGGAAACUUCGCAUGGGUUUGGCUUCCGUGGCACUGAGAGUAUUUCCGUGAAAUUCACCAACGUGGAAGUCCCAUCGAGGAAUAUUCUCGGGAAAAUCGGGGAAGGUCCCAAAAUUGGUGAGGAAAUGCUGAAGCUUCAUCGUCUCCAUGGAGGCCUGAUAGCUGUAGGGAUUCUCCGGAAGUUCCUGGAGGAGAAUGCAAAGCACUGCAUUAAUCGGAAGCAAAUUGGGGUGAGUUUGACGGAAAUGGAUAUGCUGAAGAAUCGCUUCUCGCGGAUUAUUUGUGACACAUACGCCGUGGAAUCAACGAUGUACCUCACAGCUGGUCUCAUGGAUAUGUACGAUGGGCAGGAUGUCACACUGGAGUGUGGCAUUGUGAAGAAUCUGGCCGCAAUGGCACUCAGUCGGGGCAUUUGCAGUGCAACAAAUCAUCGGGAUCCUUCUGUAUUCACUCCCGGACACGUCACGGAGAGAUUCCUCCGAGAUGCUCUGCAAUUUCAGACACACGGGGAGGUUCUGGACUCCCUGCGGGGGCUCAUUGCGCUGACGGGGUUGCAAUUUGUCGGGAAGGAAUUGUAUGAGAAUGUAAAGAAGAUCCGGAAUCCCCUCUUUCAUCCCUCCUUCGUCAUGAAGCGCCUGUUCACGUCACAGAGCUUCGAUCGUCCCAAGAAGUUUGCCAAUCUCGAGCACUACCUGCACUUGUCCGUGAAAUCCGGAGCUGAUGCCCUGGAGCUGAGCAUUACACGUCUGCAUCUCAUGACGGAAUUCCUCCUCAAUCGCCAUGGGACGGAAAUCUUGAAGCAUCAACUGGAAUUGAUUCGUCUAGCUGAAGCUGCAUCCCACUGUUUUGCCAUGUUUGCUUCCGUGGCACGAGCUUCCAGAUCCUACUGCAUUGGGCUACGUCAUGCUGACUAUGAGAUGCACGUGGCUACAAAUAUUUGCUCCCACGGCACUGAGGGGAUUGUUGAGCUGGCCAAGGAGACGCAAAUGCAUGAGAUGUUCAGCCAUGAUGUUGCUCAUCAAAUUGUUGGGAAGCAAUUCUUCAAGAGUCGUGGCUACUUCUUGGAACAUCCCAUCACGAGGAAUUUCUAAAUGAAUCUUCUCUGUGGGCGGAAGAAUGGUCAAUAUGGGAGGAUUUUUGGCAAAUUUGUAGAAAAAAAAAUAUCCAGAAAUAAAAAAAAAUCAUAAAGACAUUUUA